CAAUUCGUAAUAGUUGUCAAAAUUCUUAUUAGAAAUGUCAAGCAGCAACAGAGGUCGGUGUUGGGUGACGUUUAGUUGUCGCUACUCACUAAACUGUGUUUUGUGUUAGUUAAAUCUUCAAGUAACAAAGUUAAUCAUAAAUUUCGAAAGAAACUGAACUCAAUCUAUUAUUACAGUAUUUUCAAUCAUGCAUAUAGGUAAAAUAAGGAUAUUUGAUAAUGAUAGGGGAGUAAUAAUUCUCAUGCUUAUGGUAGUUUAUGUAUUUUAUAACCCAACAAAUAGUGGAGCAGUAGAUUUGAAUCAGCAGAAUUUAGAUAUGACUUUAGCAUCAAAUGAAUUAGUUUUUAUAAAUUUUUAUGCGGAAUGGUGCAGAUUCAGUAACAUAAUGAUGCCAAUAUUUGAUGAGGCAGCGGAUAAAGUAAAGCAAGAAUUUCCUGAUGCAGGUAAGGUGGUAAUGGCUAAAGUUGAUUGUGAUAAAGAAAAAGAUGUUGCAUCAAGAUUUCACAUUACAAAAUAUCCUACACUCAAGAUCAUCAGAAAUGGGCAGCCCGCUAAAAGGGAAUAUAGAGGACAAAGAUCAGUUGAUCAUUUUGUUGAAUUUGUAAAAAAUCAAUUGGAAGAUCCCAUUAAAGAAUUCUCCAGCCUCAGUGAACUCACAACACUUGAAUCAAAUAAAAGGAUCAUAAUUGGUUAUUUUGACAGAAGAGAUCAACCCGAAUAUAGUAUAUUCCGAAGGGUAGCAACAAAUCUCAAAGAAGAUUGCCAAUUCCAUGUAGGCUUUGGUGAAGCUUCUCAACAAAUGCAUCCUCCUGGUCAUCCCAUCAUUGUAUUCCGGCCAGAUAAAGAUAGAUCUAAUGAUUUGGAUAUAACAUACAACGGUUCAUUAACCAAUUUUGAUGAAAUGCACAUUUGGAUGUCAGAGAUGUGUGUUCCUCUUGUGAGGGAAAUUACAUUUGAAAAUGCCGAAGAGCUCACAGAAGAAGGUUUACCAUUCCUCAUUCUAUUCCAUCACCCAGAUGACAAAGAUAGCAUUAAGAAGUACAGUGAGAUUGUGACAACAGAUCUAAUUUCAGAAAAACAGAGCAUAAAUUUCCUGACAGCAGAUGGGAAAAGAUUCGCGCAUCCUUUACAUCAUCUAGGGAAAAGUGAGAAAGAUUUACCCUUGAUAGCGAUAGACAGUUUCAGACAUAUGUAUCUUUUUCCAAAUUAUAAAGAUAUUGAAAUUCCUGGUAAACUGAAACAAUUCAUCAAAGAUUUGUAUUCUGGAAAACUUCAUAGAGAAUUCCACUAUGGUUCAGAAGGAACAAAUGAAAUACCUGACACAACACCACCUUCAAGUACCUUCAAGAAAUUGGCUCCCAGUAAAAAUAGAUACACCUUGCUCAGAGAUGAGUUGUAAAAAAAGUGAAAGAACAGAUUUUGUGGCCUUUUUUUCUUAUCGAUAUCUACUUUUUUAUUUACAGGAAAUUUUGAUUUCAACAAUAGGGAAUGAGUAUAUUAUUCCAAAAUAUUCGAUUAGAUCGAAUUCACUUUUUUAUCUAAUUGUGAAGAACGAAGGUCACAAACUGUCAGCUAAUUUUCAAGCUUUAAAUAAUUUUUGUUUUCGGAAAUAUAUUUGUAAUUAUUCUUGAAGAAAAAAACAGGUACCAGUUUUUUUUCUUAAUUUUUCUGUGCAUAUACAUUUUGUUGAAGCUGUACAAAAUUUUUUAUUGAAUAUUAAGAGCUUUCUAUGAAGUGUUUAUUGAAAUUUUUACUGUAAUUAAUUGGCUUCAAACAAAAUCUUCGGAUUGGGUCUGUACAAAAAUUUUCAAUAAAAUUUUUUUUGUCAAAUUGUAUUGUUGAAUGUAUAA